AUGCAGCAGGGCGCCCGAAGUGUAGGCGCUGCAGCGCUCACGUACGUGAAGAAGGAAGCCGCGAGGGUUCUUGCCGAGAGGGAGGGGUACAGUGCCGGUGUCAUGAAGACGGUGGAAUUUGCACCCGACAAGAUUGUUGAGAGAAAGGAGGGGAUGCUGAGUUUUCCUUGGUCGGCACGGCGCGGCGCGGUAAAUGCUGUCAAAUCUGCUCACGGUGGUGCCUUGUCAACACUUGCUGACGCAUUCACACGGGUUCACUUGGGUGCCGUCACGACAAGCGCCAAGCUCACAUCGGUGAGCUUCGAGAUCAGUUUUCUCAGCGCUAUUGCGGAAAAUACGGAGUGCACCUGCCUGACGCGUCUCGUUAGUCUGGACGUCGGCAACCUGGCAUUCAUGGACUUUAGCUUUGAGGAUGAAAUGUCUGGGCAGGUGUUCGCCCGCGGUACACACGUGCUCUGUUGGUGUGGGUGA